CUGCUGCUUGUUGGCACGCACACCAGUUAACCUAUUGCUUCUACGAUUCCUAGGUUUUUAAUCACCAUGGGGUUUUUCAAUCUCCCACAGCUACGUUACCGCAGCCCAUGGGUCCAGAAUAUGAUCAGUGGCGUCUGCGUCGGCGCAUCAGCUGGCAUGUACAUCGCCCUCAACCUGCUGGGUGCUGGCGGCGGACGACCCGACUCGGCCCAGGUCGUCCAAGUCGUCAACGCCACGCUCUGCUCAGUAUGGUUCUUCUCGUCUUCUUUUGGGGGCAGCAUCCUGAACAAGCUCGGUCCCGGUAUCACGAUGUGCAUUGGCGUCCAAACGUACGUCGUCUACGUCGGAUCGCUCUGGUACUACGACGAGACAGGCCAGAAGGGGUACCCGUACGCGGCCGGACCUAUAAUCGGAAUCGGGGCCGGAAUGGUCUUCAUCACCGCAGGCUACAUCUCAACUGCGUAUCCUGAGGAGCGAGAAAAAGGCUCCUUUGCUACCAAUCUAAUGAACAUGCAGGCGCUGGGUUCUGUGAUUGGGGGCAUCAUCCCUGUCAUUAUCAAUAGGAACUCCGCCACUGUCGCCGGCGUCCCUCGGUCGGUCUACAUCGCCUUUAUCGUGAUCAUGAUCCUCGGUGGACUCUGCGGCCUAUUGCUGCUUCGGCCUCAGGAACUCAGACGAGAUGACGGGUCAGUGGUUGCCGUCCACCCUGCCCGGGGUGCUUGGGAGGAGUUGAAGUCCAAUGUGAUGGUCUUCACGGAUCCGGUGCUGCUGAUCAUGGUUCCAGCUUUCUUCCCAUCCGAGGGGUUCCUGGUUUACAGCGGCUCGGUCAAUGCACACCUGAACAACCUCAGGACGCGGUCUUUACUAUCUUUCGUGGCUGUUUGCUUUCAGAUCCCAGCUGGUUGGGCUUUAAGAUCUAUUCUGGAUCAUGAGGCCUGGGGCCGGCGAAAGCGUGGGUUGGUCGGAUUGACAGCUGUUUCCGUGCCUCUUGUGGCUGCCUGGAUCUGGGAGAUGAUCCGUACUCGUGACUACAGCAGGAACGCGCCCCCUGCGGACCCAACCGACUGGGAUGAGCCGAGGUUUGGCUGGAUUUUCAUCUUGUUCAUGCUCAACUGGGUAUUUUCUCAACUUUGGCAUAACAUUGUUUACUACUGGAUUGGCGCCAUAACAAACUCACCGCAAAAGCUUACGCACUACGUUGGCGUGUUUCGUGGUGUUCUCGGUGCUGGUGAAGCGAUUUGCUUUGGCCUUGACUCGAUCAAGAUUCCAUUUAUUGCCGAGGCAGGGGGCAUUCUGCUGUUCUAUGUGAUGGGAAUUGCCAGCUUUUACUACCUUGGAAUUUACCAUAUCAAGGAUACGAAUUAUGACCACAGGGAGGAAGGCGCGGUAGUACCUAAUCACAUUUUGGAAGACAUGCAUCUUGUAGAUGGGUCAAGUGCGCAGGAGGCUGCGGAGAGAGAUGGGAGUGUGGUGCAGGAGAAUGGCGUUGGCUCAGAGAAAGGAAAUCUCUAA